AUGGCACCCGCCCGCGCUUCCCUGCCCUGCUUCUGGCCCCUGCUAUUCGGCUUCACCGCGCGCGCCUCGAUGACCCCGCCUCGUUUCCGUAGGAAGAAGCGCCGGGAAAGAUGGCGGCGGCUGCGGUUUGAAUUCCAGCGGCGCCGCCAGAUUGGCGCCGCCGCCACGGACACCAACGCCACCACCUUCUCUGUGUCCAUGAUGGAGUCGGUGUUGGAAGAGGACGUCACCCUCCCCGGGACGCUCGGCGGCUGCAGUGGCCUUGUUCCCAAUUUACCAGACGACGUGGAUGGCAUCAGCCCCAUUGCUGGUUUGGGAAAUGGUGUGCUCCCAAAUGUGUCCGAAGAAACAGUGUCUCCCACCAGAGCACGGAACAUGAAGGACUUUGCAAAUCAAAUCACUGAAUUGAAGAAAGAAAACUUUAAUUUAAAGCUCCGCAUCUAUUUCCUGGAGGAAAGAAUGCAACAGGAAUUUGAUGGCCCCACCGAACACGUCUAUAAAACUAACAUUGAACUGAAGGUGGAAGUGGAGAGUCUGAAGCGGGAGCUCCAGGAGAGGGAGCAGCUUCUCAUCAAAGCCUCUAAAGCAGUUGAGAGCCUGGCUGAAGGGGGUGGCUCCGAAGUGCAGCGGGUGACAGAAGAUGCCCAGAAGAAGGUGCGGCAGGUCGAAGAGCUCCUGAACGAGAGAAUAUUCCAUUUAGAAGAGGAUGUGAAAGCCGCCCAGGCAGAACUGGAAAAGGCCUUUGCGGGGACAGAGACAGAGAAGGCUCUUCGGUUGAGCCUGGAAAACAAGCUCUCGGAGAUGAAGAAGAGGCACGAGGGGGCCUUGGACAUGACUGUGGUCCUGGAGCAGAAAGACAGACUGAUUGAGGAGUUGAAGCUGUCUUUGAAGAGCAAAGAAGCUUUAAUUCAGUGCCUUAAAGAGGAGAAAUCUCAGAUGGCAUGUCCUGAUGAGAGCGUGUCAUCUGGAGAGCUCCGAGGACUUUCUGCCGCUCCAAGGGGAGAAAAGGAGAGAGAUGCUGAGGCUGUACAAAUGGAGCUCCAGAAGGAGAGACAGCGCUUUGAAGAGAGGAUCCAGGCACUUCAGGAGGACCUGCGAGAGAAGGAAAGAGAGAUUGCUACAGAAAAGAAAAAUAGUUUAAAGAGGGACAAAGCCAUUCAGGGUCUAACCAUGGCAUUAAAGUCAAAGGAAAAAGAGGUGGGAGACCUUAACGCUGAAAUCCAAGAGCUCAGUGCUGCCUUUGCCGAAGCCACAGAGGUGCCCCCGAAAGCGGAGACACAGAAAUUGCAGGGGUCUGAGGAUUGUGAGGCUGCUCUGCUGGACAAGGCCACCCUUUUGGUGCAGCUGCGCUCAGAAAACCUCAACAAGAGCGCGGAGAACCACCGACUGCGUAGGAGCGUGAGGAAGGUGACCCAGGAGCUGAGCCGCCUGCAGCAGGAGAGAGAGAGACUGGAGAAGGACUUGGAGGAGGCCCAUCGCGAGAGGAGCAGAGGGGACCGCACCAUCCACGACCUUAGGAAUGAAGUUGAGAAAUUACGCGAUGAAGUGAAUGAGAGAGAGAAGGCCGUGGAGAAUCGUUACAAGAGUCUUUUGAGUGAAAGCAAUAAAAAAUUGCACAGUCAAGAGCAGAUGAUCAGAAGUCUAACAGGAAGUAUGAAUCCAAAGGACUUGUUGCUUCGGAAAUUCAGUGAAAAAGAUUCGGAAGCAGUCCAGCAGAACCGUCAUUCACAGACCGGGGAGGAUCUCACGGUCAGGAGUGAAGACUCCCCGGAAAAGUGCUCUUUGUGGCGGUCACCAUGCAAAUGGCUCUUCUCCGAGGAAAAGCAACAAUUAGACUAUGAAGAGCUGAUUCAAGUCUUAAAGAAGGAGCAGGACAUCUAUACUCACCUGGUAAAAUCUCUGCAGAACCCAGACAGGGCCUGGGCCGUGUGCCCUCCUGCUUCUGCCUUCGCACCGUUUCCACAGCCUGCCUUUGUCUCCCAGAGGUCCUUGAGGAUUCAUCUGGAGGGCUACCCUCAAGAACCAUUUUCAUUUUAUAGUGAUCAAACAUCUUACCUGAGUAUUUGCCUUGAAGAGCACAAUCGGCUUCAAGUGGAACAUUUUUCUCAAGAAGAACUUAAGAAAAAGGUUAGUGACCUGAUACAGUUGGUGAAGGAACUGUAUACAGACAACCAGCACCUGAAGAAAACCAUUUUUGAUCUCUCCUGCGUGGGUUUCCAGGGGGGUGACGGACCUGAGGCAACAGAGCAAACAGAGCUUCUGGCUAGCAAGGAGGACAAGGACACGACCAGACUUGGAGAGGAUGACGAGAAUAACUUCCUGAGCGACCAGCUCUUGGAGCAGAGCAACAAGGUUGUGGAGGAUUAUUCCAAAGGAGGUUGCAAAAAUGGAUAUUUGAGGCACACGGAUUCCAAUAGUCUAGAUUCCGACGGCGCCCACAAGCCUGGCUGCCCCAGAGACCGGAGUCUGGAAGAAGGCGAACUCAUGAACUUGCUUGCCCCGUUUUUCAGUGAGAAGGCCACGUUGUUACUGGAAUCCAGGCCUGACCUUCUGAAAGUGCUGCGUGAACUACUUCUGGAACGAAUAUGCUUGGCAGAGCAGGGAGUUUCUGCAGAACACCUUGACGGUAAAACCGAGACGUCACUCAGGCAAAUGGUUGUACAGCUGAGAGGUGAACUCGGACAUUUCACCCGACCCAACUCGUUGUCCAAAUCCCACGAUGAACUGAAGUCGCCUCGGACGGCCCGGCUAGAAAUGGCAGGUGAAGCAUCCAAGCCGGAACUGAAAGAUGCCUCCGUGCAGACAGUGACCGUGGAGGGUGACACGCUCGGAUUCCAGCAAGAUGGCAAGAGAGAGGCUUGGGAAGAGAAGCCGCCGGAUGCCGUGCUCCACAUGGAGGGUCAGCCGGAGAACUUGUGCACAAUGUCAGGGAGGCACGUCACCCCCCUUGCCUUCCCUGGUGGGACCCACAAAGAUGCCAAGAAGUCCCGCUUGCCCAUCCUGAUAAAAGCGUCCCGGUCAUUAGGAAAUGUGUACCGCCUCCCCGCCACCCAGGAGCUGGUGACCCAGCUGCAGGGCCAGGUCCUGGAGCUGCAGGGGGAGCUGAAGGAGCUUAAAGUCCGCAACAGGCAACUUCGGCAAAAGUUAAUUCUGGCUGAAGCGAUGAUGGAGGGGAGGCCAGCGCCAGACAAAACGCUCCUGAAAGCCCAGCCCCUUGUGGGAGCAGCCUACCAGGACAGCCCAGGAGAGCAGAAAGGAAUUAGAACCAUGGCCUGUGUCUGGAGAGACAAGGAAGGGGACAGUUAUCAGCACACCAGCCACGAGACCGACUCUGAAAUUUACCAGCCCGAUGGCCUUGCCGUCCUGCCAACGUGCAAUGAGAAUCCUUCUGAAGAUUUUCCGGGCCCGACCUCAGUAGCUACUUACUUGAGUCAGCUUCCCACUAAAGUCCGAGUGAUUGGGACCCACCAGUCAGAGAACGUUGACACCUCGGGUGAUGCAGAAAACUUAAAACAGAAAAUCUGUGACUUGGAAACUGAGCUCGAGGGCUACCGGAAUUUCUUAUUUCAGCUUCAAAAGCACUCCCAGUGCAGUGAGGCCAUUAUCACAGUUUUGUGUGGGACAGAAGAAGUGGCCCAGGAUGCCUUGAACAAGCCCAAGGGUAGUACCGACGAAGAAGAAAUGACCUUUUCAAGUUUGCAGCAGGUUCGGUAUGUGAAACACAUGAAGAUCCUUCAUCAGCUGGCUCCAGAGGUGACCGACGGUGGGCUGCUGGAGGGCCUCAGACGGCAGCUGGUGGAUCAGGAGUGUCAGCUGCAGAAGGAGCAGAACUUGAACGUGGAGCUUUUCAGUGAAAUCUGUAACCUGCAGAAUAGGUUCAGAGAUCUCUCCCCCUCCAGAUACGAUUCAUUAGUUCAGUCCCAAGCCAGGGAGCUCUCCCUUCAAAGACAGCAGAUUAAGGACAGCCAUGGCAUCUGUGUCAUUUACCGUCGACAUAUGAACACCGUGAUUAAGGCAUUUGAGGAGUUGCUACAGGCCAGCGACGUGGAUCGCUACGUGGCCGAGGGCUUCCAGGAGCAGCUGAAUCAGUGUGCGGAGCUACUCGAGAAACUGGAAAAGCUGUUCCUCGACGGGAAAUCGGUUGAAGUGGAAAUGAGCACCCAGGAUGAACCGAUGGAGAGGAUUGAGAAAGACAAUUUAACCUACCAACACAUCCUGCCUGAGUCUCCUGAGCCUUCUGCCUCUCACGCGUUGUCCGACUGUGAAAUGUCCGAGAAGUCCUCCGGCCUCUCACGAGACCAGAAGCAAGACAGUGAGACCGGGAGGACCUCGGUAAUGGCGAACCAUUUUUCUCAAGACUUAGUAAUGGAACAUAUACAAGAAAUUCGAAGCUUGAGGAGACGUUUAGAAGAAUCAAUCAAAACAAACGAGAAACUUCGGGGACAACUGGAAAGGCAAGGGUGUGAAUUUGAUCAAGGUUCUACGAACGGUUUGGCUUAUGGAUCAGAGCUGCAUAAUUCUCUGACAUCAGAGAUCUGUUUCCUGAGGAAGCAGAACCAGGCUCUCAAUACAAUGCUCGCCAAGGGAUCCAGAGAUAAACAGAAGGAGAAUGAGAAAUUACGCGAGUCCCUCUCCAGGAAGGCUGCGAACCUCGAGCUCCUUCAGCGAGAGUACGCCUGCUUGAGGGAGGAGAAUGAGAGGCUGCAGAGGGAGGUCUGCGAGCGGGACAGGCACUCCCAGCAGCUGCUCCGGGAAGUGUGCAGCACCCGCAACGAACUGAGCAGGGUGCAGGAGGAGGCGAAGUCGAGGCAGCAGCUGCUCUCCCAGAACGACAGGCUCCUGCAGUCCCUGCGGGUGGAGCUGAAGGUGUACGCGAAGCUGGACGAGGAGCACAGGAGGCCGAGAGAGCUAUCAGGAGAAGGCUGGAGGGGACAGGACCCUUUCAGUGACCUGCACGGUCUGCUAACAGAGAUCCAGGCUCUGCGGGGACAGCUGGAAAGGAGCAUCGAGACCAACAGCAUGCUGCAGAGCAAGCUGGAGGGGCAGCUGGCGAAGGAGGGGAAGAAGGCUCAGGAAGGAGCCCUCACCGGGGCUCUCCAGACCCCGUGUGUCCCCGAGUGGCCCCUGCAGCUGGACAAGCACGAUGCUGACAAGUGCCCCAUGCCUGGAGAUAAUUCCUGCGACCCGUUUGACUCCCGCCUGGUGGCGCCACCACGGUCAGCUUCGGAGACUCCGCCGCUGUCCGGAAAUGACACGGACUCCCUCUCCUGCAGCAGUGGCACUUCGGUCACCAGCACGCCGUGCGCGUCCCACCUGGUCCCUGGCCACCACCUGUGGGCCGACGACAGCGGCUGCCACGUCCUGGGCCUGACUGGGGACUUCGAGGCCCUGUGCCAGCAGAUUGGCCAGGGCCAGAAGCUCCUUGCCGAGAUGGCCCUUCAGAUCCAAGAGGCUCCCCACCCUGCAGGUCUGGAGCUGGAGACAAAGGGUCCACACUCGGCGCCCCCGGGCGGGUUUGUCACCAGCGUGGGCACAGCCAAGCUGAUCCUCGAAGAGGCCGCGAGGUUACUGACGCUCUUCUGGAGGGCCUCGCUCCCCACAAAUGACCAGUGCUCGCUUCAGGGUGAACAGGCUGGAGAAAUGAAGGCAGAGAUCACCAGACUACACAAAAAGCUGUUUGAACAAGAAAAAAAGUUGCAGAACUCUGUGAAGCUUUUGCAGCUGAGCAAGCGCCAGGAAAAAGUCAUCUUUGACCAGUUGGUCGUAACCCACAAAAUCCUCCGGAAGGCCCGAGGAAACCUGGAGCUUAGGCCCGGGGGUGCCCACCCAGGAACAUCCAGUCCCGGCCGACCAGGCUCGUGA